AUGUAAAAUCCAUUAAAUUAAGAGGUAUCACUUUCACAUAAACCUAUAGCAAUUUAUAUUGAUAGAGAAGAUCAAUGGAGAAUUAUGCAUAGGAACUUAAUAGCCAGUAAUUCAAAAUGUAAUCCAAUUUUUAUAAUAGAGAUUAUAGUGUCCUGUUAUUAAUGUUAGAAAAAAAAUUAAUGUUCAGCCAGAGCCUAAUUUAUGAAAUGUGACUAUUGUAGUUAAGUAAAUAAAGUUUUUGAUCCAGAUCCCUUAGUAAGUGAUCAAAUACUAUUCAUUUAGUUUUAUGUCGAUGUUUUUUGUUAGAAUUGUUCCAAAAGAAUUAAAAUACCAAAAAAUGGAAGUGUUUAUAAAUGUCCAUUCUGUUUUGUUCUCAACAGAAAAACGAAUAGAUGA